AUGAUGAUACGUGAGCCUGAGCCUCUCGAGGUCGACUGCACCCCGCGCAUCUUCGAUAGGUUCCCUCAAUAUGCUCCCAUACGACCGCCCACCUCCAGAACAACGGCGGCGACCAUGGGCAGCACCAAUGCCAGGCCCGGAGCAGCACCACUGGACGUCGCCAAACCGAGUCCUACUCCACGGUCACAAGAGCAAGCAGUUCAAGGCAACCCCAUCCUCCCGCCAGAGCUCGAGCGCGAGAUUCUCCUUUACACGGUGAAGACGUACCGCGGGACGACGGUGAAGCUUAUGCUAGUUGCACACCGGGUACACGAAUGGUGCGUCGUCCUUCCAUCGUCUCCAUCCCAGCGCCUGUCCCUCGAUGCUGGGGUGGUCUGA